UCGGAUGGUAGGCUGUUUGAGGAGCGCUCCGCGGCAUCUAUCUCCGCCAUUUCUCACUGAGUUGAAGCAUAGGUUGGGCUUCAUUCUAAAGCCAACCUCUCCGCUAAAACACUGUCCAAUUUGGAGUAGGGUUUUAUCAUGCUGGAAGGACGCUUUUUUCUAGCGUCUUUGACGCGCUGAGUUUAUUAUUUGUUUUGUUUCUGCAAGAUGGAGCCGCAAAUGAUGUCCUGCUUCGUUUUCUUGGCUCUUGCGUUUUCAGAAAACGUCGGAUGUUCUAGAGGAAGGGUUGGACCUAAAGUGACCGAAAAGGUGUUCUUUGACAUCACUGUGGCAGGUCAUGAAGUUGGCCGGAUCGUGAUUGGCCUGUUUGGAGAUGUUGUUCCCCUGACUGUGAAUAACUUUGUGGCUCUUGCCACAGGGGAGAAAGGAUAUGGCUACAAAGGAAGUGCGUUUCACCGGGUGAUCAAGGACUUCAUGAUCCAAGGGGGUGACUUCACAGCUGGAGAUGGAAAUGGAGGUAGAAGCAUUUACGGCAACCAAUUUGCUGAUGAGAACUUCAAGCUGAAGCACCUGGGAGCUGGUUGGGUCAGCAUGGCCAACGCGGGCCCAGACACCAACGGCUCCCAGUUCUUCAUCACUGCGUCCAGGGCUCCUUGGCUGGACGGGAAGCACGUGGUGUUUGGGAAGAUCCUGGAGGGCAUGUCUGUGGUUCACACCAUCGAGCUCCAAGACACAAAUGACCGGAACCUGCCCUAUACAGAGUGUGUCAUUGUCAACAGUGGGAAGAUUGAAGUCAAAGAGCCAUUUAUUGUGGAUGUGGAGGGUUGGUAGGGUUAUCACUACAUGUGUUACUGUAUUCAGAUAAAUAUUAUGCAGAGUUUGUUUAUGUUUACUUAUUACUAGAGCAUAUCCGUGGCUCUCUAAUGGGUAUACUAACUAUUAACAAAAUGAAUACAAUGAAUUCAAUCAUGAUGAGAAGAUGUCAUUUACAAUGAAUAUGUUAAAACCGUUGUAUGUAGUUUAUAGUUUGUUAACCUACACUCAUUAACUGCCAACAUGAUCAGUAUGUCAUUUGCACUAUCCACUCAGCACUUUGUCACGCUAAGCUGAAACAACUUUUCGUUUUUACAAUGUUGAAACGACUACACAAAGUAUGCAAUACUUCACUUAUUUUGACAUAUGUUAUGCAUCAAAUGUCAUCACAGCAGCUGUAUGAUGUUAAAUGUGUCUGAAUAUGUUAGUGAGGUUCCCUUUGUGAAUAUGUUGCGUUGUUAUGGUUAGUAUGUUUUUCUAUUAUCUAUGAGAAAUGCAAUUGUGGGGAUUCAUCUGGAAGAUGUAGUAGCAAGCUGCAAAGUUAUUAAUAUUUCAAAAACAAUUGCACAGCAAAAUUAUAUCAAUGCAUUCCUCUUAAUGUGCUUAGGUAAGAAAUAUACCUCUAUUGAUAUCAGUACUAAAAAAAAAUUGACAUUGUUGGUGAUUACUUUAGGGCACUUCCACUGAAACCGAAUUACGCUUUGACUCAGAUUGUUCACUUUAAAAUGUAUGCCAAACAACAAACAUUGAUUUCCAAGUUUAACAAACCAUAUAACUCUAUGCACAAGGACUACUUUGAACAAUGUACACUUACAUUUACUAAAACUGUUGUGCAGAUGCAAAGUUUGGUAACAAAAUUACAGUAACAUCUCCCUCAGUUUUUUAUGCGACCACAUUUUCCAAUA